AAGGACGCGGCCAUGGCGUACGGCGGCCUUGCGGUGCCGGUCACCGUCAUGACUGUUUUCUGGUUGGUGGUCGGUGGGGUCCUCCCGUGGUUCGUGCCGAAAGGGCCUAACAGGGGUGUUAUCAACACAAUGCUGGUGACGUGUUCUGUUUGCUGCUACCUCUUUUGGCUGAUUGCAAUCCUGGCUCAGCUCAACCCUCUGUUUGGACCACAGCUAACCCGUGAAGCGAUCUGGUAUCUUAACUUUCACUGGCACUGACAAUGUCCACGUCUACUACAGUGGGCUAUGAAUUUGUAACGCUCCAAUGAUCCAAAGGUGCCUUUAAUGUACUCUGAACCAUCCAGGACUACUUUAAUGUCUUACUACUUGAUCUGUUCCCAAAAAAAUUGCUUAAAACACUUCCU